AUGGGUCAAGGUAGUAGUAGAGAACUUUUUGUAACUAUGCUUAAGACUAUGUUAAAGGUGAGAGGAGUUAUUGUUGCUAAACAUAAAUUAGAAAAGUUUUUGUUGUUUGUAGAAGUUUGUCCUUGGUUCCCUGAGGAUGGGACUGUAAAUAUAGAAACUUGGAAAAAGGUAGGGGAGCAAAUUCAGCAGUAUUAUUCUUUACAUGGGGCUGAGAAGGUACUGUUAGAUGCCUAUUCAUUAUGGACUCUUAUCAGAGACUUUUACCCUGAACAUGAAAGCAAAAAAUUGGAGACUGCGUUAAAGAAUAUAAUUGGCAAACCUCCCACCUUGCCUACUGCUCCUCCUUCGGAGCAUGGUUCUGAUAUGGCAGAAAAACCCCCUGUACAGAGUUUCUCUGACUCUGAUUCUGAAUUAGACCCUGCUGAGCAAGCAGAAGAUCCGUGGGAGUUAUUUGCUGCUGAAAAAACCGCUGUUAAAACACAAGCGGAAUUAUCCCCUUUUUCGGAGGUUAAAAAAUUGCUUACAACUGUGACUAAACGUCUUGAUGCUCUUAAUUUAAAGCUUUUUUCCCAGCCCUUAUGUCCCUCUAAUCAGUUACCAUCGCAGCCUCCGUCCGUUAUUGCCGGAUUAGAUCCACCGAGAGCUGAUAUGCAAAAGGAGUCUGAGGCUUCCGCACAGGCAUUAUCUGUAAAAAACACCCCUGAACUGUCCCCCCUCCAACUUGCAAUUCGCCAGGCAAGGCAACAGGGAGAAACCUUGGCAGGAUUUCCUAUCCUUUUCCCCGUCCUUGAAGACGCUCAACAGCGAAGGUAUUAUGAACCCCUGCCAUUUAAACAAAUUAAAGAAUUAAAACAAGCCUGUGCCCAGUAUGGACCAACUGCUCCUUUUACUAUGUCCAUCAUUGAGACUUUAAAUACUCAAUAUUUACCUCCUAAUGAUUGGAAGCAGGUCUCUAGGGCCUGCCUCUCUGGGGGAGAUUAUUUGCUAUGGAAAUCAGAGUUUGGAGAGCAAUGUGGAACUUUUGCAGACAGAAAUAGACGGAAUGGUCUGCAAGUGAGUUUUGAAAUGCUUAUGGGGGAAGGAGCCUAUAGGGCUACUAAUCAGCAAUUAAAUUAUCCCCCUGAAGCUUAUCCCCAAAUAAAUGAGGCGGCUUUGAUAGCUUGGAAGCGGCUUCCUACAUCUAAUAAAAAAUAUGAAGAUUUGUCAAAAAUAAGACAGGGUCCUGACGAGCCUUAGGAUUUUGUGGCUCGUCUCCUUGACUCAGUAUCUCGAGUUAUAGGAGAUGAAGAAGCAGGUAUGGUUUUAACCCGUCAGCUGGCAUAUGAAAAUGCUAACUCUGCUUGCCAGGCUGCUUUGAGACCCUACAGAAAGAAAGGAGGACUAGCUGAUUAUAUCCGGAUUUGUGCAGAUAUUGGGCCAUCAUAUAUGCAAGGUUUAACCAUCGCAGCUGCCCUACAGGGAAAAACUGUUAAAGAAAUAUUGUACCAACAAGCUAACAAAGGAAAGAUUAAGAAUAGGGCUAACGGGCCCCCUGGCAGUUGUUUCUCCUACAGACAGAUAGGACACCGAGCUAUACAAUGCCCCCAAAAGAAAGGAGAAACGACCAAUAAACAAACUGGAGGCCCUAAUUUAUGCCCCAGAUGUAAAAGGGGACGGCACUGGGCAAAAGAUUGUAGAUCUAAAACAGAUAUUAAUGGAAAAGUGCUUGCACCUGUGUGGGGAAACUGGGUGAGGGGCCAGCCCCAGGCCCGGAAACAAUGUUAUGGGGCAAUUCAGGAAAAUCAUCAGGGAGCGAUUUCCAACCCAGAGUCAAAGAUCUCUAUAGAGCCACCUCAGGCAGCGCAGGAUUGGACCUCUGUUCCUCCACCUAUACAGUACUAACUCCUGA